AUGGCGCGCCUGUUCCUGGUCCCAGGGCCAGGUAACAUUUGCCGGUCACCUAUCGCAGAAGCAGUUUUCAGAAAACUUGUAACUGAUCAAAACGAUUUAGACAACUGGAGGAUAGACAGUGCAGCCACAUCUACCUAUGAAGUGGGGAACCCCCCUGACUACCGUGGGCAGAGUUGCAUGAGGAAGCAUGGCAUCCCCAUGAACCACGUUGCCCGGCAGGUGACCAAAGAAGAUUUGGCCACAUUCGACUAUAUAUUGUGUAUGGAUGAAAGCAACCUGAGAGAUUUGAAUAGAAAAAGUAAUCAAGUUAAAAACUGCAAAGCUAAAAUUGAACUGCUUGGAAGCUAUGAUCCACAGAAACAACUCAUUAUUGAAGAUCCCUAUUAUGGGAACGAUGCUGACUUUGAAGUGGUGUACCAGCAGUGUCUCAGGUGCUGCAAAGCCUUCCUGGAGAAGGCCCACUAGGACCACCUGCCCACUACCAGCUGGGGACGCUCCCUAUCCACGUUCUGCAUCCUCAUCCUGUGCUCCGGUGUACUGCCACUCCUUUGACCCAGGCCCUGCCUGCCCCUUCAGCUGACUGUUGUCUCUGACCUGACCUGACAGAUCAUCGUAGUGGAAACCAGCUGUGUCUACAGAAGAAUCAAUAAAAAUGUUGGACUCAAAGACAGUUUGUAGGGUGCAGUGAGAGUUCUUAGACUAGUGGAGCCUUCUCUUUGCCCUGAUUAUGCUAGUGGAGUGAGCAGAGAGAAAAACAGCCCCAACCACUAAGUACGCACACCCGAAGGCCCAGGUUAGUCUCUGUGCCCAGUAAGGUUGGAUGGCCUGGUCUCCCUGCAGUGAUUGUGUGUGGCUGGCCAGUGCCUACAGGGCACCUGUGCUCAUCUGUGUAUCCAGAGUCACAGUGACCCUGUCCAUAGCGGCUCUCCAUGGCUGCAGCAAGUGUUUUAGCUCACCCACACACAGUGCACAUGAUAGGAGACAGACCGAUGGGAUUGAUCUUUAGCACCUUUAGUAUUUGUUGGUUUUUGUCUGAUUUAAGUCAGCUUAUUUGCUCUCAUUUGAGCCACUUUGUAUCCAAAAAUUUAAUUAUAUCUGGAAAGGACACUUGUAUGCUAUGUAUCCUAUGGUUGGUUGAGGGGUAUGUUUGUUUUAUAUGCACAGGUAACUCAAAUGUAAAUUGGCUUAGGUAUGAAAAAAUAAUUUAAGCAGUCAGUUAUGUUGGUGUCCUUAAGUAUUGAUAUGUUAAUAAAUGUUUCAUGAGUAUUUAAAAGCUAUAGGCAAAUACAGGUAAUUUCACUAUAAUCUCAAAUUCACAUGGAUAUAUGUCAGAAAAGAUUGUUUUCAAAAUAAACUUGGGAGUUAUAAAAAUGAAAUAGAUAAA